AGCUUGGUGGACCAGAACUGCUCUCAGCUAAAAGCUAUGAAGAAGCAUUUAGCAUAAAACUUCUGCGUGACUGAGGCCAUGGCGUCUUCCACAAACUUAGAGGUUGGGGCCCAGUUAAUUGUGGAAGAAUGUGCCAGCAGCUACAGCCUUUCACCUAUGCCAGACAUUAAAGUAGAGCAUCAGCUUGACUCCAGCACAGAGGAAGGCCCAGCUCAGAGUGUCACCAUGGGGAUGAAGUUCAUUUUGCCCAAUAGAUUUGAUAUGAACGUCUGCUCGCGAUUUGUGAAAUCUCUGAAUGAGGAGGACAGUAAAAAUAUUCAAGACCAAGUUAACUCUGACCUCGAAGUGGCAUCUGUCUUAUUUAAAGCUGAAUGCAACAUCCACACUUCUCCUUCCCCUAGUAUCCAAGUCAGACAUGUUUAUACUCCAUCAACUACUAAGCAUUUCUCGCCAAUAAAACAAUCAACUACCCUAACUAACAAGCACAGAGGCAAUGAAGUCUCGACAACACCCCUACUUGUGAACUCUUUAUCAGUUCAUCAGCUGGCUGCUCAGGGAGAAAUGUUGUUUCUGGCCACACGUAUUGAACAAGAAAAUGUAAUCAAUCAUAAGGAUGAAGAAGGAUUUACCCCUCUGAUGUGGGCUGCAGCUCAUGGGCAGAUAGCAGUAGUGGAAUUUCUCCUCCAGAACGGAGCAGAUCCACAGAUUUUGGGGAAAGGGCGAGAGAGUGCCCUCUCCCUGGCUUGUAGUAAAGGAUACACAGAUAUCGUCAAGAUGCUGCUCGACUGUGGGGUUGAUGUCAAUGAGUAUGACUGGAAUGGAGGAACACCUUUACUAUAUGCAGUACACGGCAAUCAUGUAAAAUGUGUAAAAAUUCUCCUUGAAAGUGGUGCUGAUCCAACUAUUGAAACAGAUGCUGGCUAUAAUUCCAUGGAUUUGGCUGUAGCCUUGGGCUAUCGGAGUGUUCAACAGGUUAUUGAGUCUCAUUUACUAAAGCUGCUUCAAAGUAUCAAGGAAUAAUGGUUGGCUCUUCCGUGGGUGUCAGUCCUUGGCUCAGAGGUUUGAACUGCUUUUUAGCCCUGUAAUCAGUGACAAGGACUGGUUACUUGUAACUUUCCUCAGUUUGGCUCUUUGCCUGUUUUAGUGAAGCUUUUUAAUUCAGCCUCUUCUUUCAUUGUUGUUCAUAGGAGAAUGCAAUGUCGUCCUUUUAUUAAAUGUAUUUUAUACAAUUUUAGAAGAAAAAGUCAGUUGUUGUGCAUGAAGAAUUUUGUAAAUAAAAUCAGUUUUGACAAUCUAA